GCUGCGACCAAGCUCAUAAAAGGCAAAAAGCGUGUGUGGUUUUCGCCCUGCCGCGAAUCUUCGAACGCAAGCGCGUUGUUAUCCGCAGACUUUGAAAAGCAUUCGAGGGACCGCGCGCCUGCUCCCGCCGUCGCAGUUUCCAGCGCGACGUGCUUGUUCCACCCGUGGCUCGGCGCCCCCGUAUACCACACCAUGGCCCUCGUGUCUGCUGAUUCCCGCAUUGCAGAACUGCUCACAGAGCUCCAUCAGCUGAUCAAGCAAACCCAGGAAGAGCGUUCGAGGAGCGAACACAACUUAGUGAACAUCCAGAAGACCCACGAGCGGAUGCAGACAGAGAACAAGAUCUCUCCCUAUUACCGGACAAAGCUGCGUGGCCUCUAUACAACCGCCAAGGCCGAUGCAGAGGCUGAGUGCAAGUGAGUACCGUCCCACUGCCCUGC